AGGCAGGGUGGCGAGGUCCCGCCCCGGAAAUGCGUGUUCUAGCUUUCUGUGUGCUUAGGUGCCCGAGCUACUGAGGGUCUAAGUCCGGGCAGCCGAAGAGUGUGGUAGGUAACGGUCGCCAGCGCAAGGGUCAUUUCGUCGCUGGGAAGGGACGGCCCUCGCCCGCGGUGAUGGUGGUUAGCAAGAUGAACAAAGAUGCGCAGAUGAGAGCAGCAAUUAACCAAAAGUUAAUAGAAACUGGAGAAAGAGAACGCCUCAAAGAGUUGCUGCGAGCUAAAUUAAUUGAAUGUGGCUGGAAGGAUCAGUUGAAGGCACACUGUAAAGAGGUAAUUAAAGAAAAAGGACUAGAACACGUUACUGUUGAUGACUUGGUGGCUGAAAUCACUCCAAAAGGCAGAGCCCUGGUACCUGACAGUGUAAAGAAGGAACUCCUACAAAGAAUAAGAACAUUCCUUGCUCAGCAUGCCAGCCUUUAAGGUUGAAUUAGGUUGUUUUGUUCUGUGGUUUUAUUUCUGAAAGUAAAACUUGCCAUAAAUUAGAAAUCAGUUUCCCAAAAUAAAAUCCUUUUUUGUAUGAUGGUAUACAGUUUUCAGUAAUGAUGUAUACAUUGUAUUGAUUUUUUUUCCCUAAAUGUGUUAUUUUAAUAAAUAUCUCAUGAAUAAGUUUGAAGUUUGCUUGAAUUUUGGAAUAAAUGGGACUCUGUCUUUAUUACUAAUUCACUAGAUUGUUGAGAGAAACAAAUUAAUGUGGUUUAAGUGUUAGUAUGUGCAAUUAUCUGUGCUAAAAGCUGAGAAGUAGCUUUUCCUGCUUGUUUGCAUACAGUGUAUUCCUCUUUUGAAUCCCCAUAAUUUUAUAAAUUGUAAUGCCCUACUUGUACUAUAGUUACUUGUCUUAUUCUUUGUUAUGAACUUGGAGGGUUAAGACUGGGUCUUACUCAUCUUUAUGUGCCUUCCUUAUGCUUCAACGAAUUUACCAUCUGUUGGAAGAGAGAACAUUUGCAAGCUGGCUCUACACCAAGCUCCUCCCACAUGCUCUGCGCAUCUGAACUUUGAAAGCAGAAUCUAUAAAUUGCAUCCCCACAUACUAAGGUCAAGAAAGAACUUAAUGGGAAUUAAUCUCCACCCAUUAGCUUUACUCUGACAUCAGGAUUAUCAAAUCCAAUGGACACUUGUCUGUUCUUAUGUGACCUCUGCUGGAAAGAGAAUAUUGAGGAUCCUGCCAGUUGGAACUCUCGUCCCACUCCUCACAUUGUUUCUUCCUACCACUGGAAGUACCUUCUAUUUCAUGUGGAGUACAUUUUGCUGUAUGUGACUAUUAAAUAAUAAUGUUUCAUAGGGCUCUAUCCUGAGCCCUCUGCCUGACUAACUGGAUAUACCUUGCCUGGGAAAAUCCCAAGAAAUGGGUCAAACCAUGGCUUCAAAUACCACAGGUCGAUAAAUGCUAAACUGCAUCUUCAAACCAGACGUAUUUCUAGCCUCCAGACCCAUAUACUCCUCUGCUGUGGAUCAGCUUCCUUGGAUAUACCACAAACCUCAAACUGACCAAACGUAAAAUAAUGAUUAUAUUUUUCCCCCACUAACUAUCCCUGCUGUAUUCCUUAUCUGAACGGUACCUCCCAGACAUACAGAUUGCCUGAAGAACUUAUUAAAAUGCUGAUUUUGAAGGUAAGAAAUAUCA